CAAUGUUCUAUGGUUCACUAGUUCAUGAAUCGUGUUUGCUGUGCUGUGCGGCUGGCUGUGCUGCCAUCUAUGAACACAGAAGUAAACUCUGCAUGUAAACCCGGUCACGAAUCGAUACAAGUCGAUGGUUUCCGAAUGGAGACGUCGUGACAGUACGUGCGAAAAAAGCGCAUUGUUUUGCGCAGCUAGGUGGUCUCUAGUUCGUACAUCAACACUUGCAACGUGGAAAAAACAAUGCCGUCGGCGAAAUCAGGCGUGUCAGAAAACAUCAGAGUCGUCGUUCGAUGCCGUCCUCUAAGCGAAAAGGAGCAAGCUAGUGGCUGUCAAAGUAUUGUGACUGUCGAACCUGUCCAAGGCACGAUUACAGUCACAAACACACAUGGCUCACGGGAGGAACCUCCGAAAAUGUUCACAUUUGACACUGUAUUUGGGCCAGACUCGAACCAGAUGGAAGUGUACAACCAAGUAGCGCGACCCAUAAUUGAGAACGUGCUUGAAGGCUACAACGGCACCAUUUUUGCCUACGGUCAGACGGGCACGGGGAAAACCUACACCAUGGUUGGUGACCGCUCCGUCCCCGAGCUCAAGGGGAUCAUUCCUAACUCCUUUGCACACAUUUUCGGUCACAUAGCGAAAGCUGAGGACGACAAAAAGUUUUUAGUACGUGCGUCAUAUCUAGAAAUUUACAACGAAGAAGCGAGGGACUUGCUUGCAAAGGACCAGAGUGCACGACUGGAGGUUAAGGAGAGGGCUGACAUCGGAGUGUAUGUGAAAGGGCUUUCGAGUUGCGUUGUGAAAACUGCCGACGAACUGGACAGAAUCAUGACGCUUGGAAACAAAAACAGAGCUGUGGGUGCAACGAACAUGAAUGCACAUAGUUCGCGUUCGCACGCAAUCUUUAGCAUCACUGUUGAGUGCAGCGAGAGAGGAGGUGACGGAAGGCAACACGUUCACGUCGGCAAACUUCACUUGGUUGACCUGGCUGGUUCCGAGAGGCAGAGCAAAUCCGGCGCUUCGGGACAACGGCUGAAAGAAGCGUCGCAGAUCAACUUGUCGCUCUCCACACUAGGAAAUGUUAUUUCUGCCCUGGUCGAUGGCAAAAGCACUCACGUGCCAUACAGAAAUUCCAAGCUGACUAGGCUUCUUCAGGAUUCUCUUGGGGGAAAUGCAAAAACAGUAAUGUGCACGAAUAUCGGUCCGGCCGACUACAACUACGACGAGACCAUAAGCGCUCUUCGUUAUGCCAAUCGAGCCAAGAACAUCAAGAACAAUGCUCGCAUCAAUGAGGACCCCAAGGACGCUCUCUUGAGACAGUUUCAGAAAGAGAUCGAAGACCUGCGCAAACAGCUUGAAGAAGGGAUGGAGGAGUCUCCACUCGAUGAGAGCAGCGAAGAAGCAAGCGGAGGAGAGGAUGCGAAUGGAGAGAAAGCGAAAAAGAAGCAUCCAAAAGCGAUUUCAGAGGGGAAGCUGAGGGAGAUUCAAGAACAGAUCCUCGCCGACAAAAAAUUGCUGUCCGAGAAAAAGGACAUGGCAGAGGAGGAACGAAACAGGCUCGUGCAGGAGCUGGAAGGCAGGGAACAGCAGCUGAAGGUAGCGAGAGAGGAACAUGAACACUUGACACAGAAGCUUCAGGCCCUGGAGAAGAAGAUAAUUGUGGGAGGAGAGAACCUGCUGGAAAAAGCUGAGGAACAGGAAAGGCUACUUGAAGAAAGUGCCCAAGAGUUGGAAGAGAGAAGACAGAAAGAAGCAGCUCUGAGGGAAGCCCUUCAGCAGAAAGAGGCUGAACGACUUGACAUCGAAGAACGAUACUCCAGUUUGCAAGAAGAAGCAGCGGGCAAAACAAAGAAGCUGAAGAAAGUGUGGACCAUGCUGAUGAGCGCCAAGGCCGAGAUGGCCGACCUGCAACAGGAGCACCAGAGGGAGGUCGAGGGUCUUCUCGAGAACAUCCGACAGCUCAGCCGAGAGUUGCGCCUCAACAUGCUGGUGAUCGACGCGUUCAUUCCGGCUGAGUACCAGGAGCUGUUGGAAAGGUCCGUGCAGUGGAAUGAAGACAUCGGGGAGUGGCAGCUCAAGUGUGUCGCCUACACCGGCAACAACAUGCGCACACAGACGUCAUCAGCGGACCACGGACGGGCACGAGAGAGUUCCGAGCUGGACCUGUCCCACGUUUACCUCACAUACUCUCCCGAUGGACUCAAUUUUCCUGUGAGAUACAAGUCCGGGAGGAGAUCGGGCCGGACGCGUACCGCGAGGCCGAAGUCUUCUCGUAGGAGUCGCAGCGUGGCCACGUCAGACAUAGAAACAGUUCCUGCCAGUCAGUAGACCUCUACAUCAACCCUCAUUACACUAGCAAGCAAGGAACAAGCAUGCAGGAUGCAGUAGAUCAGGUUCUGCAUGAUAGUCUAAGUUAAUGUGAUAAGGUCUCUCAUUGUUUGCUGAAUUGAAGGGGCUUUCGGCUUAGGGAUAUGAUCUGUCCGGCCGGAAGCUAGUGUGCUGCCCAGCGUGGAGCUGGUGGAAGGCUGCCCGAGCCCUUGCCUACCUGUCACGAGAAGACGCACGCAAAUUGUGCAAAUUCAAGGAGGAAAGAUGGGGUUACAUUAGGUUACAUGUUACAUGGUGUUGCAUGUUGCAUGUGUCUCAAAUAUGUGGGGGGGUAUUGUCACCUCAUAUCUUAUGCACAGGUCUGUGUGUGGGCGCACCCAGGAUCAGCGUGGUGGGAGGAGAGUGUGAGAGAGGGGGUUGGUUUUCGUAUCGAGUUCCCUGAACCUUGGAUGUCUGGCUAUAUGUCGCUGUGCCCUUGUAAUAUGAGCAACCAUUAGAUUUGCGUUACUCAAAAAGACCUGUACACUUUAAGAUACACCAUGUAAUGGUGUCCUGGGAGUACUGCAUUCCAUUCAGUAGGGUGUAAUACCUGCUUACACAUUCCAGUGGCUUUUGCGUUACGUCAUGUCUCUGCCAUAAUACUUGAGCUUGGGCAUAAUACGUGCUUGAGCAUUGACACUACUUGUACAGUCGAAUCUCGAUGAUACGAUCACGGAUGAUACGAAUUUCGGGAUGAUACGGAUACUUUCCGGUUCCGGCCGGAAUGCCUAUUCUUCUCAUGUAUUAGAGUUCGGAUGAUCCGAACGCGUUAUCUUGCCUUUACGGAUUAUACGAACGAGUCGAGGAUGCGACAGAGGUCGUUCCCCCGUGAUGCGAGAGCACGCGAGUCAUGCUGCUCCUUCUUUGGAAAAGGGAGGGAGGUCUUCACCACGAACUCCCUUAAUGUUGCGCAAUGCAAGCAUUGACUCUCCGUUUGGUGGUGGUGGAAGAGAUAAGAUCAAAGGGAUUACGUGGCCCGGAACCUUAUCACCUUUUCUGUGUUUUGACGUUUUUACCCCCUCUCGCAACAACAAACCACGGAGCUAUGUGACAUCGCACCGGCUUAGGAAAACAGGGACGAGAACACGCGGAGGGAACAUAUUAGGACAACUUCUGGCAACAUUACGCGUCACCACUCCGCAAGUCGGCUUCACCUAACGCCCGCGUGCUAUGGGAGGAGCUCGCUUUAGAACACUGUCAUGCGACUCGCGGGUGGAAAGCACGUACGUGCUGGGCCUCUGAAUCAUCUCGCGAAUUUGGGCAGCAUUUGCCAAAAGCGUUACGACCGACCGCUUUCACCGACAGUAAUGGAAAAUGAACAGUCACUGUCUAUUUCCUUGCCUCAAUUUUUAUUUUGGUUUAAUUCUUUCGAUACGAUUUUUUUUACGCUACCCCUUGAGAUUUGUAUCAUCCAGAUUCUACUGUAUAGUGAUUGAUACUCGGGACGACUACAGAGAUGUUUAUGACCAUCAAGAGAACGGGUAAAAAAUUAUUUUCUUCAGCGCUUACCUGUGGCUGCGGUGAGAGCUUUUAAGACCCUAAGUGACCACUCGCGGUUUUGCGGUUGUACGAUAGGAAGAAAUGAUGCACAUCGUGCAUUUUAUGCCUCUUAAAUGCAGCUUUGGAUGGGCAUUUUUCUCGCGGCACUGCGCAUAAAUGACCUAGCAGCCACAACAUAUAAGAGUGAAAUGCCAUCCACCCGUUUAUGUGUCUGAAGUGCUUACAAGAUUGUCCUUUCUCGUGUGUGCUAAGAUAAUAUGUAGGAUCAUUAGGAAGGAUCAUGUUUGUAUAGGAUGAGCUAUACAUGCAUUGGAGAGACACUCGUGCAAUGUGCAUGAUGCAUCGGUAUAAGCACAUAAAUUCAUACAUUAUGUUUAAUACUUAAAGGGGCACUAAAUUGCAAAAAUAUCUCUUUGUGAUAUGAAAGACUCCGUCAUCAUUUGAAUAAUGCAGAACGAACUAGAAUCACCCGUUGCACCGUUUGUAAUUGAAACAUGAAUAAAUGUGCCAGUUUGGUGUAGAUCACUCCAUGGGCCAUAUUUUUAGGCCCAGGCCCGGCACGACCGCUGCAUACCUAGCCCGCAGCGGACCCAAAUCCGACGGAUUAUAAGUUACUCUGCCCAAGCCGAAGAAAUUUAAAGGCUAUCCGGCCCGCCCCUCUGUAUCAGGCCGUGGCUAACUAAGAGAGGGCUCGAACCGGGCUCGUGCCGAGUAACUUAGAAUCCUUCGGGUUUGGGGCCGGGCGCGGGCUAGCUAUGCAGCCGUCUGGCCCAGCCCGUGCGGGGAAACAGAGACUCGAAUCCGACCUAGGCCUGGCAGUGUACGCCCCGUGCCUGGCCCGGGCCCAUAAUGGUCAAACCCAAGCCCAGGCCAGGCCCACAAAAAGAAAGGGCCGGGCCAGGCCGGGCUCAAGUUUUUGGGUAAGCCCGGGCCUGCGUAGCGCUGUAGUUUGGAGGGCACCCUCUUUCCUUCGUCCGAGUCGGAGGGGCGCAAAGGGGGGCAAAACGUCAAGGGUACGUCACCAAUUAUGUGCAUCCAGUUAUCAAAACAAACAUAUUGUGGAAACUGCCACUUCCCACAUUUCUUUGUCCAAUCGACGUGAUGCAAGCAAAGCUCCGACUUGGCUGUGAUGCAUAAGGAUACGGAAUAUACCUGCUUCCAGUAGCCUGUGAGACCCACAAACAGUAACCCAUUUAGAGCCCCUUCAGUGUGAAACUAUGAAGAAAUCUGCAUUCAUGCACCUGAAUCCUGAUGGAUAUCCCCGAAUUGAUAGAAAAGAUCUCCUCCACAAUGCUUGUGGCAUGACACAAGUGUAUGCUGAAUACUCAUGCUCUUUAUUUUAUUUUAUUUUUUUACCUCUGUAAAUGUUUUUUUAGACAUGUUUUUCAUGUCAGACCCCAUUUCAUAAGACUCAUUUGUAUUGAACAUGCAAAUUCCCUUUGAACACUGAUGGCAGACAAGAGAUGGGAUCUCUAUACACUGUGAAACUCUGUCAACUUGAACUUGGCUAACUCAGUGGUUAACUAUGUAGUGUUUUGCUGUAGCAAGCAGCCUUGUGUGCAUUUGCUGUGUCUGCUUAUGUUUGUAAAUAAUGAACUUAUUAGUUAUUUUGGGAAUUUUUACACGAGCCUGAUGCUAUUGAUUGGGUGUUCAAAACCGUAUAGUAGAAGGCUGCUGCUGGUGUGUGUGUCUAGUCAUGACUGUGAAUGCUGAUAUAUCCGCAAAAACGAAAACACAAAGAAAAACAGGUUUCAGAGCAGUAGCUUUGCUGAAGGGAUGAAGCUCUAUGUCUAGUUUAGGAUUAUUUUAAUGCAGUAGUCAGGCUUUGAUUUAGGGAUGACGUUUUAUAACUUAUCUUGCGGCUAUUACAGCACCUAUAAUGUGGGCAAUUGUUUUAGUUUUUCAUUAAUUUUGGUGGAAUAAACUGUUAGGAGAAAGCA